AUGGAGAAUGAAGAAGAGGCCGAAUCAGGACCGCGUUACAAUCCCCGACCUCGAUCCAACAAUCGCUCUCCUCUUCUCACCACGGCACAUCUGACAAGAACUACUGUCAUCAGCGUACUCUUCCUGAUGACGCUCAUCUUACUACCAACGAUAUCCACCACUACGGCGGACAAACCUACGACACCCAUGGCUUUUGGACAACUACAAUGUAUUCCAGGAGGUAUACGCCUAAUCUCCCAAAACGUACGUCGCUACGAGAUCUGUGCGGUAGAUUACUGCCAAGUAAAAGAGCAUCCUGAUUCGAAUAAAACCCUGCUCUUUCCACCAGAGGUGACGCUACACGAACAUCACGUUCAGUGGAAGAUUUCUGACGGAAUUAGCCUUACCAUACUGGACACCGUCUGCCAACCUGUGUCAUUCUGCGAUAAUAUCCGAUGUUGGUUUUGCACGGCUCAUCUUUUUAAUCCAGAAUGUUCGCCCCACACAACAAUAGUCGUCACAGCUCUUCUUCUGUACAUUACAAUUGCUGCGUUCUAUCUAUUGUGUUACGUCCCAAUUGUAAUCGGGAAACCAUGUCGAAUCAUCACCAAGGCUUUGAUCUGCUGCUUAUGGUACACAGGACGACUAACGCGACAGACAUGGAUCAGAUGGAGACAUCGACGCCGUCGACAGCGACAAGAUGUUGACGCCUUGCUGAGAGUGCCCCUAAUCGCUUUACUAUCACUAUCCCUCCUUAGUCCGUCAGAAACAUGCCAUAAUAUCGACAUAUUUCCACAGCGAACUACUAUCUGUGUCUCCUCCUCAACUGGAACAAAAACAUGCGCUUUCGAAAUUACAGAAGUCUUCAAACUCAACAGCUUUCAUCAAGACGCGUGCAUUCGUCUUCUCCACAACCAGACAUUGGUCAAGGAGUUACGUCUACAGUGGAAAGGACUUCACCUAAAAUGUGUGAAAGAAGAUAUCCUCUUCACACGCAGCACCGUUCAGAAGGUAAUCGAUUCUGAACGUUGUGCACAUUCCGGAACAUGUCGAAGAGAAAAGUGUACAACAAUAAAUGCAUCCGCGAUGAUCCCAGAACUAGAUGAAGGCAACAAAUACCCCGGACUUACUCGGUGUGUGGAGAGUUGCGGUGGUCCAGGUUGUGGCUGUUUCUAUUUUAGCAGUGGCUGCCUCUUCUAUCGCAUCUUCCACAUGCCCACAGAUGAGAAGAUCUACGAAGUCUUCAAGUGUCGGCAAUGGGAAAGAACCUUUCGCUUGGAAAUGACAACCAUUUCCGGACGACGGACUACGACGCACGAACUCACACUUCGACCCACAAUACCGUUACAAAUCCAUGGCAUGAUCAUAACUCUAGGCGCAGUUACUAUGCCACCAACGCCGGAUCUCCACUCUACCUUCAUCAGCGAUGGAUCCUCCCUCGCAAUCUGGAGACACGACGUUGCAUCCAACCUUAUCUGCGAUUCUGAAGAAGCCGCUCGCUCACUGAAUUGUUCUGUACGUACCAGCUGUGUAUGUGACCCAGCGGAAAGCAAAAUCAGUUGUAUCUGUGACGACAUCAACAUCACGGAUAUACUCGCUAAGGAAGUCGAGAAUCGGCUUCCAGCUCGUCGCACAUGA